CCUGUUGUCUGUGAUGAACGGCCAACCCCCUCCUGGUGAUGUUGUGGUUGCCAAUGGCACUGCGCAGUCCAUUGUCCCUAAAAUCAUGAAGCACCAGUUGGGAGCCAGCAUCUGUUCCAGGCCCCAUGCAGAGGCUGCCCCACCUACCACAGCCAGAAGUAUUGCUGGGGUGUAUGUGGAGGCCUCAGGGCAGACCCAGAGCUUCUAUGCUGCCAUGAAGCAGGGUCUCCUGCCUACUGGACUCGGGCUGGCUUUGCUUGAGUCCCAGGCAGCCACUGGGGGCCUUGUCGACCUUGCCCAAGGCCAGGUGCUUCCUGUGUCUGAAGCCCUGAGGCGGGGUCUGGUGGGACUGGAACUAAAGGAGAAAUUGUUGGCUGCUGAGCGUGCAGUCACUGGCUAUCCUGACCCCUAUGGGGAUGGAAAGCUGGCCCUCUUCCAGGCCAUCAGGAAGGAAGUUGUGGAUAGCACCCUGGGGAUGAGAUGGCUGGAGGCCCAAUUAGCUACUGGAGGCCUGGUGGACCCAACCCAAGGUGUGCGAGUGGCCCCAGAGGUAGCUUGUCAGCAGGGCCUUUUAGACAAGGAGACAUGGCUCAGCCUGGUGGAGUCAGAGCCUGGCAUGGGUGCCCCAGGCUUUUUUGACCCCAACACACUGGAACAGCUGUCAUACUGCAUGCUGUUGGCUAGGUGUGUGCAAGACCCCAGCUCAGGCCUGCCUCUAUUGCCCUUGCAGACCACGUUCCAUACCCUGGGUGGAGCAGCCAGUGCAUCAAUGCUGCUGGAGGCAGGAGUACUGGAUGAGGAGACAGUUAGAGGCCUGCAGGAGGGCACACUGGUGGUGUCAGAUGUGGCCACGCGCCCCGAGGUGCAACGCUAUUUGGAGGGCACUGGAGGGUUAGCAGGGGUUGUCCUGUUGCCUGGAGGCCACAAGAAGAGCUUUUUCCAGGCUUCAGUUGAACACUUGCUCUCCAAGGGCAUUGCACUACAACUCUUAGAGGCUCAAGCUGCCACCCGCACCCUUGUGCAGCCAGCCACAGGCCAGCGACUGUGGGUGGAGGAGGCAGUCAGGGAAGGUCUGGUUGGCCCAGAACUCUAUGAGCAGCUCCUGGUUGCAGAGCAGGCAGUGACUGGGUAUUAUGACCCCUUCAGCAGCUCCCGCAUCCCCCUUUUCCAGGCAAUGAAGAAGGAGCUUGUGGACCAGCCACUGGCUCUGCGCCUCCUAGAUGCUCAGCUGGCCACAGGUGGGCUUAUAUGCCCAGCCCGCAGAUUCCGGCUGCCCCUGGAGGCUGCUCUGCGCUUUGGCUGCCUGGAUGAAGAGACACAACAACAUCUCUCUCAGGCAAUGAGCUUUUCAGAUCCUACCACACACAAUAGCCUUCACUAUGAACAGCUGCUGGCCCACUCUGUCACUGACCCCGAGACAGGGCUUGCUUUCCUGCCUCUCCCUGGAGGACCCCAUGCAAACGAGUCCCAGGGAUCUACAUUUAUUGACCAUUGUACUCGGCAGGCCUUGAGCAAGGCCACAACCUCCAUCUCUGUAGGGAGGUUCCGGGGCCGGCCUGUAUCCCUCUGGGAACUGCUCUUUUCUGAGGCAGUACCUGUUAAACAGAGGGUAAUCCUUACCCAGCAGCAUCAGAAAGGGGCCCUGUCAGUGGAGGAGCUGGCAGCUGAGUUGAAGGCCAUUGUUGAGCAGGCUGCAGCCGCUGCCAAAGUCACCUUUGCUGGGUUGAGGGACACUGUGACACCAGGAGAACUGCUGAAGGCUGAGAUAAUCAACCAGGACCUGUUUGAGCAGCUGGAACGUGGACAGACCUCAGCCCAGGAUGUGGGCAGCCUGGAUUCAGUGCAGAGGUACCUACAGGGUACAGGUUGCAUUGCGGGUCUGCUGCUGCCUGACUCCCAGGAACGCCUCAGUAUCUAUGAGGCCCGUACCAAGGGGCUCCUCAGGCCUGGUACUGCCCUGAUCUUGCUCGAGGCCCAGGCUGCCACAGGCUUUAUCAUUGACCCAAAAGAGAAUAAGAGAUACUCUGUGGAGGAGGCACUGAGGGCCGGUGUCAUUGGGCCUGAUGUCUAUUCAAAGCUGCUGUCUGCAGAACGCGCAGUCACAGGCUACACAGACCCCUACUCUGGGGAGCAGAUCUCACUCUUCCAAGCCAUGCAGAGGGACCUUAUUGUCAGAGACCAUGGCAUCCGCCUGUUGGAGGCUCAGAUUGCCACAGGUGGUGUCAUUGACCCUGUGCACAGCCACCGUGUGCCAGUGGACGUGGCCUACCAGCGAGGCUACUUUGACCAGAUGUUGAACUCUAUCCUGUUGGACCCAUCUGAUGACACCAAGGGCUUCUUUGACCCCAACACACAUGAAAAUCUCACCUACCUGCAGCUUCUGGAGCGCUGUAUACAUGACUCUGAGACAGGCCUGCACCUCCUGCCACUUAGUGGUACACGACCCCAGCUGGUAGAUUGCUCCACUAGGCAGGCCUUUCAGAAUCUACUGCUAUCCGUAAGGUAUGGACGGUUCCAGGGGCAGAGAGUUUCUGCAUGGGAGCUGAUUAACUCAGAAUACUUCAGAGAGGACUGGAGGAAGCAGCUACUGCAGCGUUAUCGGCAGCGCAAGGUCACACUGGAGCAGGUCACUCAGCUGCUGGAGGAAGAGAUGAAGAAGUGGGCAGACGUCACACUGCCUGCACUACAGGGCCAGGUCACUGUCUACCAGCUCUUAGAGGCACGCAUCAUCAACCAGGAGCUCCUGGACCAGGUGCUGACAGGGGUGGUCAGCCCGGAUUCCCUCCUUCACAUGGAUGAUAUUCACAGGUACCUUCAGGGCUCCGGCACUGUGGGUGGUGUGAUGUUACAGCCCUCCAAUCAGCGAAUCAGUCUCUACCAGGCCAUGAAGCAGAAGCUACUGUCCCCAGGUGUAGCCCUGGCCUUGCUGGAGGCCCAGGCAGCCACUGGAGCCAUCACAGACCCCUGCAGUAUGGAGACCCUGUCAGUAGAUGAGGCUGUGUGCAGGGGAGUAGUGGGAGCAGAAGUAUAUGGCAAGCUAAAACGAGCAGAGCAUUCUAUCACUGGCUACAGAGACCCCUUUUCUGGAAAAAAGGUGUCCUUGUUCAGGGCCAUGAAGAAGGGCCUUGUCCCUAUGGAGCAGGGAACCCGCCUGUUGGAAGCCCAGGUGUCCACAGGAGGGGUCAUUGAUCCCACAACCCACCUCCACCUCCCCAUGCCUGUGGCAGUCCAGCAUGGCUGCAUUGAUCAUGAGAUGGAGGUGGCCCUGUCCAGCUCUCCUAAGACCUUUCCCACACCUGAUGGCCGGGGACACACCAGCUAUGUCCAGCUUCUGGAGCAAUGUCUCCAGGACAAAGCUUCUGGGCUUCACCUCCUGCCCCUGACAGAAGAUGCUCCUGCUAUCCUCACUGAUAGCCAGGUCCGGGAAACCCUGCAAGCAUCAGCAGGCACUGAGGAUGGUUUGUCCCUCUGGGAUUUGCUCACCUCUUGCCACUUUACUGAGGAGCAGCGCAGGGGCUUCCUUGAGGAUGUGAGAGUUGGGAAGAUUUCUGUGCCACAGCUCCAGGACACUGUGUGUAGCUGGGUACAUGCAGCUAAGCUCCUGGCCAGGGCACACAUCACUGUGCCAGGCCCACGGGGUGAGGUCCCUGCUGUUUGGCUACAAGAUGCUGGUAUUAUCACCCAAGAAACACUGGAAGCACUGGCACAGGGCAUACAGUCACCUGCUGAGGUAGCUAAACAGCCUGCUGUGAAGGCCUGCCUCUGGGGCACAGGCUGUGUGGCUGGUGUGCUUCUGCAGCCCUCAGGGACCAAGCUGAGCAUUGCCCAGGCUAUAAGGGAUGGCCUCCUACCCACAGGCCUGGGCCAGCAGCUGCUAGAAGCCCAGGUGGCAUCUGGCUUCCUUGUCAACCCGCUAACCAACCAGAGAUUGUCAGUGGAGGGUGCAGUGAAGGCCGGCCUGGUGGGCAGGGAGCUAAGUGAACAGCUUCGGCAGGCAGAGAAGGCGGUCACAGGAUACUCAGACCCGUAUUCAGGAGGCUCCCUUUCUCUAUGGCAGGCCAUGGAGAAAGGGCUUGUACCCAAGAGUGAGGCCUUUCCUCUCCUCCAGGUCCAGCUGGCCACGGGUGGUGUUGUGGACCCUGUCCAUGGAGUGCACCUCCCCCAGGCAGUGGCCUGCAGGCUUGGCCUCCUGGACGAGCAGACAAGCCAGGUGCUGACUGCCACUGAGAAGGAAAGCAAGCUCUUCUUUGACCCAAACUCCCGUGAAAAGAUGACAUACCAGCAGCUCAAGGAACUCUGUGUGCUGGAUGCUGCCACUGGCCUGUGGCUGCUGCCACUGCCCCAGAACACUGUGCUUGAGGUGGAUGACCACACCGCAGUGGCACUGAGGGCUAUGAAGGUGCCCAUCAGCAUGGGGAGGUACCAGGGACACAGCGUGUCACUCUGGGACCUGCUACACUCUGAGUAUGUUGGAGCUGAGAAGCGGCGAGAGCUGGUGGCACUUUGUUGUUCUGGGCGGGCUGCUGCCCUGCGGCAGGUCAUCAGUAUGGUCACCACCCUGGUGGAGGCUGCAGAGAAGGAGCCCCCACAGGCCACCUUCAAAGGGCUCCGGAAGCAGGUUUCAGCUGGGGACUUGUUUAGGUCCCAGCUGAUCAACAAGCAGACACUGGAUGAACUCAAUCAGGGGAAGAGGACGGUCCAGGAAGUGACAGAGAUGGACAGUGUGAGGAGGUCCCUGGAAGGAGGCAACUUCAUCGCAGGGGUCUUUAUUCGGGGUACAAGAGAGAAGAUGAGUGUCCCAGAGGCCUUAAGAAGGCACAUUCUGAGGCCAGGCACAGCCCUGGUGCUGCUGGAGGCACAGGCAGCCACCGGUUUCAUCAUUGACCCUGUGGAGAACCGGAAGCUAACAGUAGAGCAAGCCUUCCAAGCAGGGAUGUUUGGCAAGGAAACCUAUAUGAAGCUGUUAUCAGCCGAGCGUGCUGUUACCGGCUACACGGACCCCUACACCGGGGAGCAGAUCUCCCUCUUCCAGGCCAUGCAGAGGGACCUCAUCGUCAGGGACCAUGGCAUCCGCCUUCUGGAGGCCCAGAUUGCCACGGGUGGUAUCAUCGACCCUGUUCACAGCCACCGUGUGCCUGUGGACGUGGCUUACCAACGUGGCUACUUCAAUGAGGAGAUGAACCGCAUCUUGGCUGACCCAAGUGAUGACACCAAGGGCUUUUUUGACCCCAAUACGCACGAGAACCUCACCUACCUUCAGCUGCUGGAGCGCUGUGUGGAAGACCCUGAGACUGGCCUGUACAUGUUGGAAAUUGUAAAGAAGGGAGAGACCUACACGCAUAUUGAUGAGACCACAAGGCAAGCUCUGAGAUCCAGAACUAUGAAAAUGUACAUAGGGAAGUUUGCAGGUCAGACAGUGUCUGUGUGGGACCUGCUGUCUUCUCAGUACUUUACAGAAGGAAGGAAAAGAAAGCUUUUGCAGGAGUACAGAGCCCAGAACAUAAGCCUAGAGAAACUGCUGGAGGUUAUCACCUCCACCGUGGAAGAAACAGAGAAGCAAAACCAAAUAUUCAAGGUGGCAGGAAUCCAUGGUGAUGUGACUGCUGCAGAACUGUUCAACUCUGGGGUCCUUGAUAAGAAGACCCUGGAUAUGCUUCACAGCGGGGAGAGAGGGUGCCAGGAUCUCCGCCAGUUGGGAGAUGUAAACAUCUACCUGGAAGGCAGCAGUUGCAUUGCUGGGGUGACUGCACCACUCACCCAGGAGGUAAUGAGCUUCUAUGAGGCCAGCAAGGAAGAACUCAUCCCAGCAGGGUUUGCAGCUCAGUUGCUGGAGGCACAGGCUGCUACUGGGUACCUAAUGGACCCCCAUACCCACCGGAGACUGUGUGUGGAUGAGGCCAUAGCAGCUGGCCUGGUUGGUGAAGACCUGGGAGAAAGGCUUAGGAAUGCAGAGAAGGCAGCGAAGGGGUACAAAGACCCAGCCACAGGGGAGACCAUCCCAUUGUUCCAGGCCAUGGAGAAGAAGUUAGUUAGGAAAGAGGAGGCACUGAGGUUGCUGGAGGUACAGGUGGCCACAGGUGGAGUCAUUGACCCACUACACCACCACCGAGUUCCCAUAGAAACGGCCUGCAGGCGUGGCUGUCUUAAUGAUGACACCGUUGUACUCAUUGCUGAUCAGAAGCACAUGAGGAAAAGGUUUGUGGAUCCCAACACACAAGAGAAGGUCACAUACCAGGAGCUGCAGGACAGGUGCCAGAGGGAGAAGUCAGGCUGGGCUCUGUUCCCAGUGGUCAAGGACAAAAAGGACAUGGAGUAUGUUGAUGAGGCCACCAAGAGGGCUCUGGAGGCAGAGCAGGUAGAAGUGACAGUGGGGAGGUACCGAGGCCAGAGGAGAUCCGUGUGGGAGCUGCUGAACUCAGAGUAUGUCUCAGAGGAGAAAAAGAUUGAAUUGGUUAGGAUAUACAAGGCUGACACAGCGAGGGCUCUGCAAAGAGUGGUCAAAGUUAUUCAAGAAAUGAUUGAAGAUGAGGAGCGAAAAAGCAGACAACUAUGGUUCCGAGGACUAAGAACACAGGUCACAGCUGAGGAAUUAGUCAGCUCAGCCAUCAUCACAAGACAGACACUGAAGGAACUGGAAGAAGGGAGAACCACAGUAGAGGAGAUUGAAAGAUACGAAGAUGUAAAAAGAUAUCUCAAGGGCACAGGAUGCAUUGCGGGUGUCCUGGUGCCGGUUCAGGGAGAGCCUGGCCGGCAGGAGAAGAUGAGGCGGCGCGGGGGGCGUGGGGGCCCCCAGCCAGUGUCGGUGUGGCAGGUCCUGUUCUCCUCCUACCUCAGCGAGACCCGCCGAGAGGAGCUCCUUGCCCAGCACCUGGCCGGCACCCUGGCUCUGCACGAGCUCAUCACCAUCCUCACCCAGGUCGUGGAGGAGACAGAGGAGAGGCUCAGCAAGGUGUCUUUCCCUGGGCUGAGGCGCCAGGUAACUGCGUCUGAGCUGCACACAUCCGGCAUCAUAGACCCCGAGACCCUGCGUGGACUGGCACAGGGGACCAAGACCCCGCAGGAGGUGACGGAGAUGGACUCGGUGAAGCGCUACCUGGAGGGCACCAGCUGCAUUGCGGGUGUCCUGGUGCCGGUGCAGGGAGAGCCUGGCCGGCAGGAGAAGAUGAGCAUCUACCAGGCCAUGUGGAAGGGCGUGCUGAGGCCCGGCACAGCCCUGGUGCUGCUGGAGGCGCAGGCGGCCACGGGCUUCAUCAUCGACCCGGUGCACAACCGCAGGCUGUCUGUGGAGGAGGCCGUGGCGGCGGGCGUGGUGGGUGGCGAGGUCCAAGAGAAGCUGCUGUCUGCUGAGCGGGCAGUCACCGGCUACACGGACCCCUACACCGGGGAGCAGAUCUCCCUCUUCCAGGCCAUGCAGAGGGACCUCAUCGUCAAGGACCACGGCAUCCGGCUGCUGGAGGCCCAGAUUGCCACGGGCGGGGUCAUCGACCCCGCGCACAGCCACCGUGUGCCCGUGGACGUGGCCUACCAACGUGGCUACUUUGACGAGGAGAUGAACGGCAUCUUGGCCGAUCCCGGUGACGACACCAAGGGCUUCUUCGACCCCAACACGCACGAGAACCUCACCUACCUCCAGCUUUUGCAGAGAGCCACUCGUGAUCCUGAGACUGGAUUGUUGUUUCUCUCUCUGUCUAAACGGUGGUGGGGCCUGGCCCUUUUCCCCUCCUACCUCAGCGAGACCCGCCGAGAGGAGCUCCUUGCCCAGCACCUGGCCGGCACCCUGGCUCUGCACGAGCUCAUCACCAUCCUCACCCAGGUCGUGGAGGAGACAGAGGAGAGGCUCAGCAAGGUGUCUUUCCCUGGGCUGAGGCGCCAGGUAACUGCGUCUGAGCUGCACACAUCCGGCAUCAUAGACCCCGAGACCCUGCGUGGACUGGCACAGGGGACCAAGACCCCGCAGGAGGUGACGGAGAUGGACUCGGUGAAGCGCUACCUGGAGGGCACCAGCUGCAUUGCGGGUGUCCUGGUGCCGGUGCAGGGAGAGCCUGGCCGGCAGGAGAAGAUGAGCAUCUACCAGGCCAUGUGGAAGGGCGUGCUGAGGCCCGGCACAGCCCUGGUGCUGCUGGAGGCGCAGGCGGCCACGGGCUUCAUCAUCGACCCGGUGCACAACCGCAGGCUGUCUGUGGAGGAGGCCGUGGCGGCGGGCGUGGUGGGUGGCGAGGUCCAAGAGAAGCUGCUGUCUGCUGAGCGGGCAGUCACCGGCUACACGGACCCCUACACCGGGGAGCAGAUCUCCCUCUUCCAGGCCAUGCAGAGGGACCUCAUCGUCAAGGACCACGGCAUCCGGCUGCUGGAGGCCCAGAUUGCCACGGGCGGGGUCAUCGACCCCGCGCACAGCCACCGUGUGCCCGUGGACGUGGCCUACCAACGUGGCUACUUUGACGAGGAGAUGAACGGCAUCUUGGCCGAUCCCGGUGACGACACCAAGGGCUUCUUCGACCCCAACACGCACGAGAACCUCACCUACCUCCAGCUGCUCCGUCGCUGUGUGCGGGACCCAGAGACUGGCUUCUACAUGCUGCAGCUGGCGGCACAGGGCUCCACUGUGCACCGCCUGAGCGAGGAACUGAGACGGGCCCUCCGGGAGGCCCGAGUGACGCCUGGCACCGGCGACUUCCAGGGCCAGAGCGUCUCUGUCUGGGAGCUCCUCUUCUACCGUGAGGUGCCCGAGAGCCUGCGCCAGGAUCUGCUGCGUCGGUUCCAGGCAGGCGGGCUGACCGUUCAGGACCUGAGCGCCACCCUCACCUCACUGCUGGCCCGAACCACCAGCUUUUGCAGAGAGCCACUCGUGAUCCUGAGACUGGAUUACUAUCGGACCCUCUACAUCUACCGAAUUCAGGAUGUAUGUGAAAGGAGCAACGUCGGGCCGAGUUCAGGACAUACGUGA